AACAGGUUUCCCCUUGAAUGUGUCCUAAUAACAGCAGCCGUGUCUCCUCUGUGAUCCAGCCAUGUUGUGUGUUGACAAGCGCUCCGAGCGAUGUACUUCCGAGUUCACGACCAAUCACAGAGGACGUGUGUGUGUGUGUGUGUGUGUGUGUGUGGCGCUGCUGCUGCUGUCCACAAACGGUGCUAAAGCUGCCGAAACGGAGGAGAGAUUUCAUGGGUCAGAGAGAUAUGUCAAAGCUGGAGACCUUUCUGAAAGAUGGUCUCCGAUCAGAGUUAAUGCUCCAGCAGCAGCUAAAGGCCCUGAGGGAGGCCUUCAGGCAGCAGCUGCAGGAGACAGAGACGAGACAAAGAGAAGAGCUGGAGAGGAGGAUUCAUCAGAACGCUCUACUGUCAACAGAACAAGAGUCUGGAGAUAAAAAUGAGAUGAACGAUCAGGCCAGAAAUGUAGGAAUAAGAAGAUCUACCUCCACGCCUGCUCUGGCCUCAAACACUUUGCACAAUCCCCGACAGUCAAAGUCUAAGAGUAACUCAUCUUCUCCAGCCUGGCUAUCUCCAACAAACCAAAAGCAAUGUCCAGUCAAGACUUCCACGCUGACUCCUACAAAGACUCAACAGUGUGAGCGGUUAGCUUUGUCUAAAACAACACAGAUGAUCAAAGAAGAGAAGGCUGAGGCUGAGUGUCAAAAGAAGUUCAGUGCUCUCCCAGUCCCCAGCCAUGUCAUUCAACCCCUCUAUCAGGAGAUGAUGGAGCUGAAAGAGAAGGAGAGGAAGCAUGGGCUUGAGCAGAGGAGGGACUUUUUGCUCUCCGUUCAAAAACCAUUCACCUUCCAGGAGAGGGAAAAGGCGAAAAGAGAGAAGCUGAUAGCCAUGCUAAAACAAGUGUCACAUGAUCAGAAAAACAAGACUGCUACUGUCAGAAAAUCUCCUCACAAAGAGAUGAAAGACUCGUCAGAUUCUGAGCUGAAAGACCAGGAGCUUUGCAACCAAGUCCCCACUCAAACAACAGCACCACGUGGGAAUCCUGCUGUGUCUGGUGGUCCGAAACUUCGCACUGCUGACCGCACCAGAAAAGAAAAGUUGGGAUUCCUGGAUGAGAGGCCCAGCUUUCAGCCCAAAAUCAUCCACCAGGUCCCUGAUUUCAGCAGGUUGCACAAAGCCCUGCAGACAGAGGCGCUGAAGAAAACACAGAGUCAACACGUGAUAAAAUGUCAGCCCUUCUGUUUGAGGACAUCAGCUCUCCCUUCAAGGAGAACAAGGAUGAGCCCUGAAGAUUCAAAGGAACCAAAAAUAAGUCAUCUCAGUCGGAGUAAAUCACUUGGGGCCUUAACAUCACUGUCUACAGACACACUGCCCACAUACAUCACGGAUGCUGUGAGGAAGCGCUGCAUGGCCAUCAGAAAGUCAAUGGAGAUGAGAGAUAGCAAGAAUCAAGAAAGCGCAGACUGGUUGAGGAAGCACCAAAUGAGAUCCCAGGCCAUGAAGAAGACAGUCGCGCUUCAUGCAAAGUUGCUGGACCCACACAGCAGCUUGAAAGAAGUGCAUAAUGAAAAACUACAGCACCAUCGGGCGGCUGACCAACAAAGGAUGAGAGAGUACAUGAGAGAGUUACGGGAUAUGAAGGCACGAGUCAGUGAACGCCCUUAUUUGUUCGAACAGGUGAAACAGAAAAAUGCAAAGGCUCACGCAGAGCAGAUAUACAGGAACAAGCUGAAGAAAGCCGGCUUAAAGGAGCAAUUUGUUCAAGAAAAUGGAGAAGCAGCUGAAAAAACGUCAACAUCAUCCAUAUCAGAGGACGAUACAGACAAGAAUGAAAUUGAUAGCAGGGAAGAAAAUGUAGACGACGGGGAGAAAAUUGAAGAUGUGGAAGAGAAGAGCGUGAAGUCCAAACGGGAAGAAAUGCCAUGAUCAAAAAGGUUCAGGCGGCACAAAGUUUUUUGUGGCCUCUCCACUAGAAAACAACACUGUCCUCAAAAAUGAUUCAUGUCACUGCUUACUAUCCACACCAAGCGUUUGAUAGUUUAAGAUGUGCAACUAUAAAUUAUGAAAUUACAAAACAUCUGAACUUUACAAUCACAAAUGUUGGAGAUUACAAAUGAAAUA